AUGCAAGCCGCCACACGGGUGGUCAACCUCGUCGAGCACGACCUGCGCCACCAGACCAUACAGAAGGCGGCACAGGAGAUGGAAAAGGUUGUUGAGCUGAGUGAUGGUCAGCAGGAGUGCUUGUUGGAAGCGAAGCAGAAGGCGGAGAUUGAAGAGCUGCGAGGGAAAGUACAGGAGGCCACCAGACUUCGCGAAGCGGCUGAGUCACAACUGGUAGACCUGGAAGUAGACUAUGGACCUGCUGGUGAACAGUCCUUGGUGGUCCUACCAGAUGAUAGCCAGGCGGCGUUCGAUUUGUCCGGAUCGCAGGCUACAUUCGAGCGACUUCCCGGAACGACGCGCAAACGCAAGGGGUCUGAAGAAGACCUGGCGUGGCACAACACGGAGCAAGCUUCAGACGCUGAUGACUCGCCUCCCCGUGCAGCUCCUUCGGCGCGCAAGCAGGUGUUGAAGGCGGUCAAGCCCAAAGCGCCAUCCUUCUUCUCCGACUGGUCUCUACCCACCGGGCAAGUCCAAGCGAAGGGGGCGCCGCGUAUGCUGCAACCAUCCACGUCUGCGAACUCCGCAAAUCCCAUCGCCUUGGACCGCAGCGGGAAACCCUUGAAGCCGGUGCAAGUCGGGUCGAGGAAGCGCAUGCGAGGCAUCUCCUGAACGCUAAGCUGGACUCGCCUCGAAACCCUCCAGCCUUCUAUCUGUACACUCCUAUCCUGUGGUUGUGAUUUCCUUCUUGCAAUGCCAUCGUAUGUCCGACGAUCCCGGUUGCCCCGGUGGAAGC